UUUAAUUGGUGAUAUCUGCGAUUCAACCUUCGACCCCACGGAGGGUGGGGCCAGCUGCACUUUUGAGUGGUUGACCGUUGAUAGCAGUAUGGCCCUCGGCUCACAGUGGGAUUUACCCAGUGAAGGACAUGUACCAGAUUGGGUCUGGCGCGUAUUAUGUGUCCCUGCGCUAAAUGAUGAUAGUCCCAUCCCGCGCAGAAUUCACUCUCGCACCGUCUUUGAGGAUGUGGGUGUUGCCCUUAAGGAUAUGACCAGUCUAGCAAAUAUCAUCUGUUGUUUAAAAGACACGCUUAAGGCCCUAUAUUACAUGCAUAAAGUUGGCUGGGUACAUCGUGAUGUCAGCGUCGGUAAUAUAUUAUGGGUCACCGAUGGCAACCAGGGCACUGGCAAACUCGCCGAUUUUGAAUAUGCAAGAUGUAUUCGUUCUAAUAAGUUCCAUGAGGUGCAAACGGGCACUCCCCAUUUCAUGGCGGUGGAAGUAGAUUCUAAGAUAUACCUGUUUGAACCAGACAAUGACGAGGGUGAGGGUGAAUGCCCUCCUUUUCGGAUGAAUGGGUUGCAUGAUAUUGAAUCUGUGUGGUGGACCUCGACAUGGGUCCUCUUUUAUUAUACUGACCAGAACCAUCCCACUGUUGAUUUGGUUAACCAGUGGAACACACUUCAAGCAAUCUUCCCCGGUGUUCUUGGCCGAACUUCGCGUCAACAUUUCUUCACCUAUUUCAAAUUGAGUCGUUGCAAGGCGAUCACGAAGACAUGUGAGCCCGUUAGUAAAUUUCUUGGUGAAUUUGCGGGUCACCUGCGAAACGCCUAUCGGAGCGCAGAGGAAUCAUAUCCGAUCAUCAAACUUGAAGGUAUCCUGGAAGGCAUUCAUAGGGAGACUGCGAAGAAUCUGAUAAAUGUACACAAGCAAUAUGUACACGGAGACGCGAGCAAUGUUAUCCUUUGCCCUUUACAUAGAUUUCUUCCACGCAAAAGGUCAAACUCAGAGGUUCAAACAUCACAAACAAGGCAGCAAAAGAGGAGGUGUUAGGUCUAUCUCGCGCAUCUAGAUAGCUUGAAGAUGGUAGGGGGAUUCCCAUAUUCUAGGUUUUUGUAAUCUGUACCGUAUUUUUCUAAACAAGUCAGGAUAAAAGCUAUGAUAUGCAAACAUAAUAAGAGUUUGAGCAUAGCAUCACUUGAAUCAUUGCUAGCGUAUGGCCAGAGCAUCCCCCUGGCAGCAAUUUCCCUCAA